AUGGGACCCGGCGGAUUAGUUGGGCCUUCAGGCUCGCCUGGACCUACGGGCUUGACGGGACCCGUUGGAUCAGUUGGGCCUGUCGGCUCGCCUGGACCUUCAGGCUUGACGGGACCCGUUGGAUCAGUUGGGCCUGUCGGCUCGCCUGGACCUACGGGCUUGACGGGACCCGUUGGAUCGGUUGGACCUGUUGGCUCGCCUGGACCUACGGGCUUGACGGGACCCGUUGGAUCAGUUGGACCUGCCGGUUCGCCUGGACCUUCAGGCUUGACGGGACCCGUUGGAUCAGUUGGACCUACGGGCUUGACGGGACCCGUUGGAUCAGUUGGAGCUUCAGGCUUGAUGGGACCCGUUGGAUCGGUUGGACCUGUCGGCUCGCCUGGACCUUCAGGCUUGACGGGACCCGUUGGAUCAGUUGGGCCUGUCGGCUCGCCUGGACCUUCAGGCUUGAUGGGACCCGGCGGAUUAGUUGGGCCUUCAGGCUCGCCUGGACCUACGGGCUUGACGGGACCCGUUGGAUCAGUUGGGCCUGUCGGCUCGCCUGGACCUACGGGCUUGACGGGACCCGUUGGAUCAGUUGGACCUUCAGGCUUGAUGGGACCCGGCGGAUCAGUUGGACCUUCAGGCUUAACGGGACCCGUUGGAUCAGUUGGGCCUACGGGCUUGACGGGACCCGUUGGAUCAGUUGGACCUUCAGGCUUGAUGGGACCCGGCGGAUCAGUUGGACCUUCAGGCUUAACGGGACCCGUUGGAUCAGUUGGACCUUCAGGCUUGAUGGGACCCGGCGGAUCAGUUGGACCUUCAGGCUUAACGGGACCCGUUGGAUCAGUUGGGCCUACGGGCUUGACGGGACCCGUUGGAUCAGUUGGACCUUCAGGCUUGAUGGGACCCGGCGGAUCAGUUGGACCUUCAGGCUUAACGGGACCCGUUGGAUCAGUUGGGCCUGUCGGCUCGCCUGGACCUACGGGCUUGACGGGACCCGUUGGAUCAGUUGGACUUGCCGGUUCGCCUGGACCUUCAGGCUUGACGGGACCCGUUGGAUCAGUUGGACCUUCAGGCUUGAUGGGACCCGUUAGAUCAGUUGGACCUGUCGGCUCGCCUGGACCUUCAGGCUUGACCGGACCUGAUGAUUGGAAUUUUGACCUGAUCCAGGAUAGAAACCAUGACCUGGACCCCAUUGGUCACCCUGCUCCCAAUAUGGAUGCUGCCCUGGCCCGGGAUGGCCAUGAGGAUUGUGACCAUGCAUGGGUGGGCCUUGUACUGGUCUCGGCGGGCCAUGAGGAUUAUGACCAUGUGUGGGCCUUGUCCUGGUCUCGGCGGGCCAUGAGGAUUGUGACCAUGUCCUCUGUGGACCACCUUGUGGUCCCGGCUUGCGAUACCGAAUGCACUGUAUGGGAUCCUAAGCUAGCCGGCAUAGCUAGAGGGGUGGAUAGAGACUUGGAAGAUUUAGCCGGCUUGGUCUCUUUGGCCGGCUUGGUCUCUUUGGCCGGCUUGGUCUCUUUGGCCGGCUUGGUCUCUUUGGCCGGCUUGGUCUCUUUGGCCGGCUUGGUCUCUUUGGCCGGCUUGGUCUCUUUGGCCGGCUUGGUCUCUUUGGCCGGCUUGGUCUCUUUGGCCGGCUUGGUCUCUUUGGCCGGCUUGGUCUCUUUGGCCGGCUUGGUCUCUUUGGCCGGCUUGGUCUCUUUGGCCGGCUUGGUCUCUUUGGCCGGCUUGGUCUCUUUGGCCGGCUUGGUCUCUUUGGCCGGCUUGGUCUCUUUGGCCGGCUUGGUCUCCUUGGCCGGUUUCGUCUCCUUGGUCGGCUUCGUCUCUUUGGUCGGCUUGGUAGACUUAGUCGGCUUAGGUGGCUGGGAUGGACUAGCUUGUGAUACCGGGUGCACUGCAGGGCCUCCCAAGCUGACCGGCCUGGACGGAGGGUUAGACGGGUUGAACAGCGGGUAUGGACCAGCUUGUGAUCCUGGGUGCACUUUAGGAGCUCCCAAGCUGACCGGCCUGGACGGAGGGUUGGACGGGUUGUACGGCUGGUGUAGACCAACUUGUGACCCCGAUGGCACUCUGGAGCUUGCUGGAGUGGGGGCAGUUUGUGAAACCUUGCCAGAAGAGAACAGCCUCUUGAAAAACCCGGGAUUCUUGGGGGGUGGAGCAUAG